AUGGAGAAGAAAUCAACUUCGAGUCACCACUCUGGUACGCCCUCGCAACAAUCUCAUCUAGAAAGAAGUCUCGCCCUCGCUUUGUCGCGGCGUCGACAAGCUUCAACACUUCGGAACCUGACUCUACCCACCGCAAAUGCCAUCGACUUUAGUUCCAAUGACUUCCUCUCACUUUCCAACUCCUCCACCCUUCGCGAUCUAUAUCUUCGCGAAUUAGCUGCUCGUCCGGAGUUCCCUCUCGGUAGUGGCGGCUCACGGCUUCUCGAUGGCAACAGCAAAUAUGCGGAAGCAUUGGAGAAAGAUAUCGCAGCUUUCCAUGGUGCCGAAGACGGCUUGUUGUGCAACUCUGGCUUCGAUGCUAAUGCAGGCUUGUUCUCUGUUCUACCACAACCAGACGACAUCGUGGUGUAUGACAGCUACAUCCACGCCAGUGUACACGAUGGCAUGAGGGCGAGUCGUGCUGGUGCGAAUUUUGCUUUUAUGCACAACUCUAUCACAGAUUUACGAGCUGUGUUGAGGAGAUGCAUCGACUCCGAUGAAAAGUUCAGGUCCGGAAGACGCAGCAUCUUCAUCGCUGUCGAGGCAAUCUACAGCAUGGAUGGCGAUGUUGCACCACUGAGAGAAGUUGUCGAAGCAGUGACCGAGCUACUACCCAAUGGCAAUGGGCACAUCAUUGUGGAUGAGGCACAUUCUACAGGUGUUCUAGGCCCGCAAGGCAGAGGUCUGGUCUCGGCACUUGGGCUAGAGGACAAGAUCACUAUCCGCUUGCACACAUUUGGCAAGGCCAUGGCCUGCAACGGUGCUAUCAUUCUGUGCAGUCCGUUGAUAAAGCACUACCUUAUCAACUACGCACGACCGCUAAUAUACACGACUUUCCUGUCAUUUCCAGCACUCGCUGCCAUUAGAGCUGCCUACACUCUACUGUCGAGCGACGACACAACAGCGCUUGCCACACAUCUUUUUGACCUGAUCAGUCUUCUCCACGAAAGACUGUUUGCUCUCACCUCGAGCCUACCACAGCACCAACGCCAUCUUCUCCAGGUGCUUGAGGAGUGUCCACCAUCACCAAUAUUCUCAGUGCUCAGUUCUGAUCCUCGCGGUCUAGCCAAGUUUUGUCAGGAAAAGAACUUGGUGGUCAGGCCUAUCGUACCGCCAACUGUACCGCUAGGCUCCGAACGAAUUCGGGUAUGUUUGCACGCUGGCAAUACGAGGGAUGAAGUUGAGGCGCUGGUAUCAAGAAUCACUGCUUGGGUGGAACAAAAGACAAGAUCACCAUUAGCAAAGUUGUAG